AUGGCAAACUGGAUUGUGACGCCAGGCCUGUGUGACAGCUCCUUCACCAUUCACACACAGGAGCACAAAGCAGAGCCCCGAACCUCCCCUCAGCCUUUGCUGUGGGUGGUGUGCUGGGCUCAGACCCGUUACAAAAUGAGGUUCACAAAGAUUUUAAGGAUACGACGGCACGUGGCUCCGAGUAGCAAUGGGAACAUGAUGAGUACCAUGGUUGAGCUGUCCACUCCACUGGCCCCUCUGAGCACUGACAUGGACUUGUGCUGGCUGCUGUUGUAG